ACAGCCCGUCUUAAAAGCACCCGGCCGGCAUCCCCAGGGUCCCAGCCCGCGUGCGCUCCCUAAUGUCGACUCUGACGGUGGCCCGGGUGGCCCGCCCGUGGGGGGUGCCGGAGGGGGCGGGGGAAGAGGAGGCGGUGUGAUGGCCCUGGACGGCGAGCAGGGGGAGCAAGAGGAGGAGAAGAAAAAGAAGAAGAAGAAAAAGAAGAGGAAGAAGAAGAAGGAGGGGGCGGAGAAGCGCAGCUCACCUUUCGCCGCUGCCGCGAUGGGGGACGACGACGCCGCGCGCCGGGCCGGCGGCAGGGGGCUCUCGGACCCGUGGGCGGACUCGGUGGGCGUGCGACCCCGCACCACCGAGCGCCACAUCGCGGUGCACAAACGGCUCGUGCUGGCCUUCGCCGUGUCCAUCGUGGCGCUGCUCGCGGUCACCAUGCUCGCCGUGAUGCUCAGUCUCCGCUUCGACGAGUGCGGGACCAGCGCGGCGGCGGGCGCGGACGGCGGCCCCGCGGGCUUCCCUGAGCGCGGCGGCAACGCGAGCCUCCCGGGACCGGCCCGGCGCGACCACCGAGCGGGCGGGGACUCCACGCAGCUCGAGGCGGGCAGGGCGGCCAGCCCGAGCACCCCGUCCGCCCAGCCGCCGUCGGAGACGGAGCGGGAGCCGUGGCAGCCAUGGACCCAGCUGCGCCUGUCGGGCCAUCUUAAGCCGCUGCACUACAAUCUGAUGAUCACAGCCUUUAUGGAGAACUUCACCUUCUCCGGGGAGGUCAACGUGGAGAUCGCGUGCCGGAACGCCACCCGCUACGUCGUGCUGCACGCGUCCCGGGUGGCGGUGGAGAAGGUGCAGCUGGCCGAGGACCGGGCAGCCGGGGCUGUCCCCGUGGGCGGCUUUUUCCUCUACCCGCAAACGCAGGUCUUGGUGGUGGUGCUGAAUAGGAGCCUGGACGCGCAGAGAAAUUACAAUCUGAAGAUUAUCUACAGUGCCCUGAUGGAGAACGAGCUCCUGGGCUUCUUCCGCAGCUCCUACGUGCUCCACGGGGAGAGAAGAUUCCUUGGUGUCACUCAGUUUUCGCCUACACAUGCCAGAAAGGCUUUUCCUUGUUUUGAUGAGCCCAUCUACAAGGCCACUUUCAAAAUCAGCAUCAAGCAUCAAGCAACCUAUUUAUCUUUGUCUAACAUGCCAGUGGAAACAUCUGUGUUUGAGGAAGACGGAUGGGUCACGGAUCACUUUUCACAGACUCCUCUCAUGUCCACAUAUUAUUUAGCCUGGGCAAUUUGCAACUUCACAUACAAAGAAACUUCCACCAAGAGUGGGGUUGUAGUACGGUUGUACGCAAGGCCCGAUGCUAUCCGAAGAGGGUCCGGGGACUACGCUCUCCACAUAACAAAGAGACUCAUAGAGUUCUAUGAAGACUACUUUAAAGUACCUUAUUCUUUGCCAAAACUAGAUCUUUUAGCUGUGCCUAAGCAUCCGUAUGCUGCCAUGGAGAACUGGGGACUAAGUAUUUUUGUGGAACAAAGAAUACUGCUGGAUCCCAGUGUUUCAUCUAUUUCUUAUUUGCUGGAUGUCACCAUGGUCAUUGUUCAUGAGAUAUGUCACCAGUGGUUUGGUGACCUUGUGACUCCUGUGUGGUGGGAAGAUGUGUGGCUGAAGGAGGGAUUUGCUCACUACUUUGAAUUUGUUGGUACCGACUACCUCUACCCUGGCUGGAACAUGGAAAAGCAGAGGUUUCUGACGGACGUUCUGCACGAGGUGAUGCUGCUGGACGGUCUGGCCAGUUCCCACCCAGUGUCGCAGGAAGUGCUGCAGGCAACAGAUAUCGACAGGGUGUUUGACUGGAUCGCGUAUAAAAAGGGUGCUGCUUUGAUUCGAAUGCUGGCUAAUUUCAUGGGCCAUUCUGUUUUUCAGAGGGGUUUGCAAGAUUAUUUAACCAUUCACAAGUAUGGCAAUGCUGCCAGAAAUGAUCUCUGGAAUACAUUAUCAGAGGCUUUAAAAAGGAAUGGAAAAUACGUAAAUAUAAAAGAAGUUAUGGAUCAGUGGACACUCCAGAUGGGUUAUCCUGUUAUCACCAUCUUGGGAAACACAUCCACCACCAACAGAAUAAUAAUUACUCAACAACAUUUUAUUUAUGACAUCAGUGCUAAGACGAAAGCACUUGAACUUCGAAAUAACAGUUACCUGUGGCACAUUCCAUUAACUAUCGUGGUAGGAAAUAGAAGCCAUGUGUCUUCAGAAGCAAUUAUUUGGGUGUCUAACAAAUCAGAGCACCACAGAAUAUCUUAUUUCGACAAAGGAAACUGGCUGCUGGGGAACAUCAAUCAAACUGGCUAUUUUAGAGUCAACUACGACCUAAGGAACUGGAGAUUAUUAAUUGAUCAAUUAAUCAAGAACCACGAGGUCCUUUCUGUCAGUAAUCGAGCUGGUUUGAUCGACGAUGCCUUCAGCCUAGCCAGGGCUGGCUAUUUGCCUCAGAAUAUUCCCCUGGAGAUUAUGAGAUACCUGUCUGCGGAGAAGGAUUUUCUUCCCUGGCAUGCUGCCAGCCGAGCUCUUUAUCCUCUUGAUAAAUUACUGGACCGAAUGGAGAACUACAACGUCUUCAACGAAUAUAUUUUAAAGCAAGUUGCAACAACAUACAUCAAGCUUGGAUGGCCGAAGAACAAUUUUAAUGGAUCUCUUGUUCAAGCAUCCUACCAGCAUGAAGAACUGCGCAGGGAAGUCAUAAUGCUGGCUUGCAGUUUCGGCAACAAGCACUGUCACCAGCAGGCGUCAACACUUAUCUCAGACUGGAUUUCCAGCAACAGAAACAGAAUACCACUAAAUGUUAGAGACAUCGUCUACUGUACAGGAGUGUCACUACUGGAUGAGGAUGUCUGGGAAUUCAUAUGGAUGAAAUUCCACUCUACCACAGCAGUUUCUGAGAAGAAAAUAUUAUUGGAAGCCUUAACUUGCAGUGAUGACAGAAAUUUAUUAAAUAGACUUCUAAAUCUGUCCCUGAAUUCAGAGGUGGUGCUAGAUCAAGAUGCAAUUGAUGUCAUAAUCCAUGUAGCUCGAAAUCCACAUGGCCGAGACCUUGCUUGGAAGUUUUUCAGAGAUAAAUGGAAGAUAUUAAAUACCAGGUAUGGAGAAGCAUUAUUUAUGAAUUCCAAACUAAUAAGUGGAGUCACAGAAUUUCUUAAUACGGAAGGUGAACUCAAAGAGCUAAAGAGCUUCAUGAAGAGCUAUGAUGGCGAGGCCGCUGCCUCUUUCUCACGGGCCGUGGAGACUGUGGAAGCCAAUGUGCGCUGGAAAAUGCUGUAUCAGGAUGAGCUUUUCCAGUGGUUAGGAAAAGCUCUGAGACAUUAAUAUGUAUCUCUUACAAACAAUUCAAUUCAGAAUUUUGAGAGAAGACCUGCUUUAUGUGGAAUGAGGAAAAUGGCCAAAUUUUCAGUGUUAACAUGUGGGAGGAAUUUUCUUUCUUUUUUUGGUUUUGAGAGAUGUGUUUUAUUUGUUGCAUUCAUUCUGUUUUGUUUCUCUAUUGGGUGUUCUUCUCCAAGAACUCUUGCAAAAAGCUAAACUGUCCAUGAGCGCUUCAGCCGUUCACUCCCUGCUGUACAGGACCGGCUAGGAGAGUGAUGCAUGUGGACGUUCAGUCCGUUUGGAAAAACAUACUCAGAAUAUUCUGUGCAUGGAUGUAUGGUCCUGCCUGUGUUCCAGCAUGCUUGUUUAAAAUGUCCAAUGUUGUAUGUGAGGUUAUGUUACACCCAGGAUGGGCAUUAUGCAAAGCACAAAAAUUACAUAUGACAAUCAGUGUUGCAAUGGAAGAAAAACUGAAAAGGGGAAUCAGUCUUGGCAACAUGAGAGGUAAGGUAGCUCUUUAAGUGAUCACUGUCACUCACUUCAGCACUUGGAUAGUCUUGCAAUGGUUAAUGUGUUGCCAACUCAUUUUCUUUAGUUGAAGCUGAGAAUCCAUUCAAACAGGCAUAUUGAUAGCGUAUGCGUAUGUACAUGUAUGAAGGGAAGCCCUGUAUGUAUAGAGUAUGUUGUAUGCUGCACAUGUGCAAAGAAUCUCUUCAGAUCAAAGAAAAUUUAUCUUUUUUUAUAAACAUAUGAACACUUGAAAAAAGCUUAAAAGAAUUUAUCUCAGCAUUAUCCUUCCUAUUUCCUGUGUUUCUCAACUGUUGUGGAUUUUCUAUCUACUUCUUGAGUAUUGGUGUCUUCUAGUACAUGAAGAUGAAUUCAAAGAAACCUUAUGUGUGAACGAACCACUCUUCUAGUAAUCCUAAGUAGCAUCCUUGCAUAUAGAUUGUGUCAUCAUUUUUGGUCAAACUUCCUACUGCAUGAAACAAUUGUGCAAACUUCUAACGAUCAGUGCUGAGAAAGCGUUUGUUUUCCCUUUGUUUUCACAUCUUACUUUGGGUAGCCCAAAAAGUUAAGAAUUCUCUGUGCAUUGGUCUUUCUGUGUUGCUCUAGUCCCCUGUUUAGCAGCUAUACCUCAACUCGGUCAAUUAGCAUUUAAUGACCUUUGAUGACAGUUGUGCCAUCCCUUAAGAUGAAACGUUACUCUACCUGUGCUCAGGUACAAAGCUUUUCUUUAGGCUCUGGCACCUCUGCCCUACAUGAGAAUUCUGAACAGCCAUUUUCACAGCUAUGUGUUGGGUAACAGAAAUGUUUUUAAAUGGUAUUCUCACCCAGUAGGCCAGCUCUUCAAACAUUGCUUAGAUGAAUUAAAGUUAACAUAUUUUAAGUUUACCAUCAUAAAUUACCAACACAACUACUCUACAUAAGCCAAAUGUUUGUGGAACAAUUCCUAUCUUCCUGAGGUUUUUCCAUUUUCCCAAAUCUUGCCAUUCAUUGAAACGAACAUGUUCUAACACUAAUAGUCAUUGAAUGCUGAAAAAUAGAGAUUUUAGAAACUGGAGCCAUAGAAUUAUUUUAAAUUUGUAGAAAAGGGACACAAUUUCCUAAUCCAUAGAAUAAGUACCACCUAAAAUUGAAUUUUAUCAUUUAAGUAAUUAAAUGCCCGAAAUUAAAGACCUGAAUUUUCCAGCACUUCAUUCAAUUAAAAUACAUUAAUUUUAAAUAUUCUGUGUGAUGUUACCAAGAUGCAGUGCUUAACAUAAAAUCUAAAAGUUAUCCCACCUAUCAGAAGGGAUAAAAACCACUUACAAUACAUCACAUUUAUGAAAUCCUUGAUGAAAGGGAAAAGUUCUGAAGCAUCACAAUAGUAAAUCUCACACCCUGGGCAGGUGCCAAACAUGUGCUAUGUUACCACUGAAGUCACACAAUAGGAAAGAUAAAAAGUUAGAGGUACAUGUCCUGUUUUGUGUCAUAAAUUACCGAAAUUUUUUAGUAGUUGUGGCUUUUUUUUUUUUUAAAGAAAAUUGCCAUUUCUAGAUUUGAGUUAGAAACAGUUUUAUAGUUCACUUUUCCUCCCCACUGUUAAUAAUUGUAAUCCUCUGUGAGUAUCUUAGUGGCCUUGAGCAACUGGUUUAGCUACAAUAUCAAAUCCUAAGUAUAUAAUUAUGUGCAAUGUUCAAUACCUCAUAUUAUAUUUGUUCAAAAGUAUAGUGAUAUCAAUGACAUUUUGUUCUUCAUAUUUUUAAGUAAUUUCUUCUUUCCAAUGUUGAAAUUACCUUUAACAUUUUUAGUUGUUGAAAUAAGUAAUAUUUUCAAAUAAUAAAAUAACCAAUGAUAUCUCUUGGAAUUUUCUGUAAAAUGUAGUUAUAAAAUUCUAUUUUCUACUUA